ACGACUGUUCCUUCGUUUCCCCAGACGGGACGAAAUGAAACUUAGCUAGAAGACUGCAGCGAACUCAUUGGAAUUAUAACACUGUUAUUUGAAUAUUCAAACACGACGUAAAGGUUGUAGUUAGUGUUGUCUAAUUUUGCUUCGACCGUAUUUGUGUUGCCACAACACAAGCUGACUCCAGUUAGCCGUUUAGUUUGGCGCGUCUCUCUUUGUUACAGCUAAAGAUGCAGUCCACUGGAGAUGUCCAAGGAUGUCUUCGUAAACUGGAAACUCUCCUGCGGGCGAUAAAGUACCCAGGAUAUGUCGACUACAACGGCCUUUCCAAAGGAGAUCCCUCUGCUUUUCUGCCAAUUGUGAGCUUCACCCUCACCUCCUUCUCUCCACCCUUUGCUAAGCAGCUAAUGGAGGCUGGACUGGAGCUGACUGGCAAAACUGACCUCCGAUUCACUGACACUCUUUAUAAGGUGCUGAGAGAUAUCUUCCACUAUAAACCCAUACUGACCAAGCAGCAGUUCCUCCAGUGUGGUUUCUCUCAAAGGAAAAUCUCUGUCAUCUGUGACAUCAUUAACUUGGUCCUGAAGAAACACAACCAGCUGAAAAAGCCAAGAGUAAGAUGUCCUGCCUCACACAAGGAUGACCGAGGAGAAGCUCAUCCAACACUGACUGAUGCAGACACUGUGUCCGAGAGGCCAUUUGUUGUGAAUCACGUAGAAAAUUCCUCCACUUUUCCUAAAAACUCCUCUUCUGUGGAAGAAUUCUCCUCCCAUGAUGUAACCUGUACCUCUCGUAAUGAAGUGUACUCCUCCAAUUCUCCUGGAAAUGGGAUCACGGAGCUGGCAGGACACGAGGAGGACAAGGAUAACAUUCUUUACUCAUCAGAGUUCGAGGGAAGGCUCUCGGCUCUGGAAGCUCAGCUAGGGAGUCUUCUGUCUGGGAUGGUCAGGCUCAAUAUCCUGGAGAAACGCCUGGAGAAACUCGACAAACAGAGAAUCACAGACAAGAAUGAAGGAGAAAUCAUCACUAUAUCCAGAGAGAGCUGGGAAAAUCUGAUGAGCAGAGUGCUUUUCUUGGAGACUAAACUAGAUCUGAGCAAUAUACAGUUAAGUGUCCCGCUGCCGUGUCCGUCAUCUGCCUCGUCCUCUUCUUGCACCAUGUCUGAUGCUUCAAAGGAGGACCUCAAAGACAGACUAGAGAGGAUCACCAGCAUGUUGAAGAGCACCUCCAGUCUGCUAAAGAACACAGAAUCUUCCACAACACUGCAAAUGAAUGACAAAUAUUCAUCACUUUAGUUUGGGUUCAUUGAAAUAUUUUACUUUUCUAUUGUUUUGGCAUUGUCAAUGUUCAUAAUUGAACCUAAUUAUCACCAUUAUUUGCUUGCGUUGUGUUUUUCCUAGCAAGCUAUCUGAACUUUAGACAAGAGACUCUACUGUUGGAGCUUUUAACUCAAGUCUUAAGGGGAAUGACUGAAUGAAUGUCCAGGAAUAAAGGCCUCGGCUGAUGAGAGUGCAGUCAAUGAUUUUCUAAUUAUCACAAGUAAAUGUACAAAUGUUAAAACUGAAGGUGCUUGUUUGAAGUGUUUUUCAUUUAGUGAAAUUGGUAACUCAUUUCUCAAUAUUGUGUUCACUUUUUUCAUAACUCACACAGUCAGCCCAACAGAAGUCAAUGUUAUCUAUACUGUGGAUCACAUUUCAUUGCUUUGACAAUGAACACACGAAAUAUUUCAAGGCUCGUAAACCAAAAAGCAACCAGAAACUACAAAGAACGACUUUGUAGAUACCUUGUAAGCAAAGCAAACUCAUUGACAACCAGUGAGGAGAUGAACAUAAAGAGACCAUAUUCGGCAGUGGUCUAGGCUGCAUAUUGUCACAUUGAAGGACCACCUACUCGACACGCGUGUCACAAUAGAAGCUCCAGGCGUACACUCUGCAUCUCAAAAAAAUGGCUUAAUAGAUAGAUAUAGCGGAUUGCUUGUCUGUUUUGGUUCUGCACCCUCUGAACGUGAGUUCGUGAGAAAUCAAGUACAUGGUAAGCUUCGUGUUUCAACUGUUUCACAGCUGACAAAUGACUCUUGUAAGGCCCUGAUCAGACGGAGCAUGUUUAAGCAGCCUGGGGCAGCUCUUUGUUAUUAGGUCAAACAGAUGGGUGCAUGCACAUGUUUACUUCUUGAAAACAAUGCUUUUAAACUAUUCUACUGUUGAAUGUGAAUUAUGUCAUUUUCUUCAGAUUUUCAACAAAUGUUAUUUUAAGAGUUUUGUCUACAUUCACAAAUGAUUCUGAGGCACUUGCACCAUUUAACCCUCACCCUACCAGUUUAUUUAACACACAAGGACUAUCCAUCCAUCCAGCUGAACAAAAUAAAACUACUGAAAGAAUAAACCAUUGUAAGAAACAACCAUCAUAGAUGUUAACUUAUUUCUUCUCAAAACAUUACAAGUUAUGUAAUUAGUGUCAUCGGAAGAAAAAAGAAAAAUGGAUUAUUCUAAUUUUAGGAAGGUUACACAUUUGCUUGUGUAAAACAGACAGAGCACAUGAGGAAAUCUGUGUCUGCUGCAUCUGUCUCAUAUUCAACAUGACAUAGAGAUUCUAGGAUCGUUAUCUAAGAGCUCUGCCUUGUGAGCCUAAUCACCAGAAAUUAACGGCCACCGAGUUGGUAGAAGCAGUGGAGUAGUACCAGGCGGCCUCAGACAUGCUCAGCCCUACCUGUAAAGAGCCUAUCGCUUCCGUCCUUGUCCAACCCGUUGGGCCUCACCAAGAAGGUCCUAAGCCAGCCAACCCUCAUUUUGGGCCCACCCCAUAGACUAGAGACACGGUGAAGUUCAACAAAGUUCAGAGCAAAAUUACUUAUGCAUGAAUACAAUAUACUGAGUAGAAAUAUAUACUACGUAAAAAAUUACCAUUACACAGGUCUGUGUGUUGCUAUAAACUAACGUACCUGCAUCUGUCAACGCCAUAGACCCUAUGAUACGAAGGUCAGCACCCUGUCCACAAUUUGAGUUCCGUCUCCUUCCUGUCCAGGUAUUAUUCCAAUUGUGAACAGACCAUUCUAGGUUACUGCACAGAUUAGGAAUUGUUUGAAUCUAUUUAAUAUUAGCAGUAAAAUCUAGAUUCAAGAUGUAAUCCCUGUUAUAAAGACAAAUAAAAGUUAUUUUUUUAACCCUACCUGUGUUCUUCUGCCCCCUCUCAUCCCACCUCAAUACAAACAUACUUUACAGCAGCCAAUGUUCAACACAAACGUACUUUAUUGCAAACAGAAAAUGUAAACUGCCGUGCGCUCUCUCAGGCUGCCCAGCUCCUCUGCUCCUGCUUAAAGGAUCAGGGAUAAUUAGCAACCGGUUACAGCUGUGCCAAUUAACCAUUGCACUGUUCCCCUGAACCACUCCCACACAUCUCUCC